UUUUAGAGGACAUCCCUGACCUGCACCUGGUUUACAUCCACCAUCCCCUCCUGCUCAGGUUCUUCCUGUUGUAUCCAGAGCUGAUGAGUAGGUUUGGGCACCGUGUCCUGGAACUUUGGUUCUCCUGGGAAGAGAGCAGCUAUGAGGAGCUGGAUGAUGUCCCCUCUGCUGGGCAGUCCCCUCUUCCUACUAGCUUAACAGCCCUGUUCCACAUGCUCAGAAGCAGCCCCAGCAUCCUGCUCAUUUUGCUAGAUCUCAUCUAUUCCAGCCCAGUGGACACAGCCCGGAAAGUACUAAUUGUCCUAAGGACCUUUUUGAGGAAGAAUGAGGAUGUCGAAGUGGGUGGUCUCAUCCGAGGCCACUUCCUGCUGAUCCUACAGCAUCUAUUGGUGGAACAUGGGGCCUCUCCUUCAGGAGCCUCGGGGAACCUGCCAUUGCUCCUGAGCCUCCUUUCUUUAGUGCAUCUGAAGAACACGUCAGAGCAAGAACUGGACAGUAUGGCCAUGAAGCUUCUUCACCAAGUGAGCAAGCUGUGUGGGAAAUGCAGCCCUGCUGACGUGGACAUCCUGCAGCCCUCCUUCAACUUCCUGUAUUGGAGCCUUCAUCAGACUACACCAAGCAGUCAGAAAAGAGCUGCUGCAGUGCUCCUUAGCAGCACGACCCUGAUUGAGCUUCUGGAGAAGACUCUGGCACUCACCUGGACCGAGGUGGGCUCUCCCAGGACCACACUCCUUUGCUCCGCCUGGCUGCUCACAGCUUCCUUCUCUGCUAAGCAGCACAAUGGCAGUCUGCAGGACUGGUGGGCUCCCAAGACUGUCUCCUCUGUCCCCCUGGAUGCAAUGGGUUCACCAGACACUGUCCGUGGAACUGGACCAAGUAUUGAAGGUCCUCAGCUUUCCAAAGAAAAAGGCUGCGCUUCUCUCAGCUGCCAUCUUAUGCUUCCUGCGGACAGCCCUGCAACAAAGCUUUUCCUCUGCCCUUGUGGUACUGGUGCCCUCAGGGACCCAGCCACCACCGGCCCCUGAGAACACUGUCCUAGCUCCACUGAGAACAUCACAGGUGUUGUCCCUGGUCAUUGGACUGCAGAACCUUUUG